GACUUCGCAUACGGGUACUUUGGGAAAAUGUCAAGGCCACGCCCCUUUGGAAGCGAUAGAAAAGCGAAGAUCCUAUAGAUGACAUCUGUGGGCCGGUAAUGCAUUGAGGCAGCAAUGGAGACCACAGGCAAUGCCACCGAAGGCGACCCUCUGAAGAGGGGAGAGGACGGGGCAGAGACGGGAACAGCGCCAUCAACAACAGAGCUGAAGAAGAAGAGUUGUAAGGAAGUCCUGGGUUUUUCCAAACUGACCCAUUGGCGAACUGGAUUCUUCUUCUUCUCCUUGUUCCUCUGCCUCACCAUAGUGUUUGCCUUCUCAUUCAUCCUCCCCUGUCCUGUCAGACCACAGUAUCUCGUUACCUGGAACAGGACUUUCUCUGAAGCAACAACCUAUGACUUCUUAGCUAUUGAAGAUGCAAGCAAGGACAAGGUGAUGGAUGUCCUGUUUGUCCUCAAAAACACAGAAGGCAGUCAGAACAAUACAUGUGCUGAUGCAGGUCUUCCUUCGCCAUGUGUGUUUGUGUUAGCAGUGGAUGGGACGGAUGGAGAGACACUGUGGGAGCGCCCGCUGGCUCCAGAGUUCCACUGGGCCCAGUGUGGUCUGGAUGAAGAAACAGGCAGAACCUGGGACUGUCUGCUGUCCCAUUCUGACCAACUCACAGCCGUUGACAAAUACACUGGUGACAUCAAGUGGCAGCAGCCUCAGCCUCCUGGUCUGAACAGCACUGUGCCUGUACUCAUUGUCCCAGAUCUGGAUGGGGACAAGGUCAGCGAUGUGGCUCUGGUGGCAUCUGACUCCACACAGACUCAGCUGGCAUUCCUCUCAGGGAAGACAGGUGUCCAAAUAGGGUCUAGGGUGGUUCUUGACCCCACAGAGACUGCCAAUCAUCUUCUCCACUGCACUACAGAAGGUUCUUACUACGUACUACUACAAAAAGACACUGGCUUGUAUGGACUGGCACUGUGGAAGAUUGCUGCCAAAGCUAAAGAGGGGAUGGAGGCGGGCCUCAAGAAGGACAAACACUGGGAGAAGGAUGCCAAAUCAACAUCUGGACUUGUGCCUGUCUAUGAAUCUGAUUCAGUUAGACAAGUGCUAAGAACAGGAGAAACUAGUGGUACACCCAACCUGCUGCUUGUGACUGGAAACGAGCUGGCAUUAGUUGAUGGAAAACAUUUGCAGCUGCUGUGGAGAUUCAAUACAAGCUCGAUCCUCAGUGAGCCCUCCUUUGGACACUUUAACAAAGACAAUUUCCUCGAUGUUGUUGUAGAGGAGGAUAUUGGCAACCACACAAAGAGGGUAAUAAUUCUUGAUGGGCAGUCCGGUCGUGUGCUGUGGGAAGUCAACCUUUUGGCGAGUCCGAACUCGCCGAGACCCGCCUCAAUACACACCACCAACGCCUUCUCAGUCUUUGUGUUUUGGGGCCUGAUGGCCUCAGAGACCAACUCAUCUGAACCAUUUGCAAGCGAUCGUCAUUCUUACUUGCUCCACCCUCUCUAUUCUAAAGUCCUCCUUCAGUCGACCAGUUUCCUGGACCACAUCAUAACUUUCAAAGCCACUCUGUUGGAGAAUGGACGCCAUGCUGCCUACAUCCUGCUGACUGGUCCUGGGACAGAGGGAGCUGAAGGCACCGUGGUCCUCAGCAAGCGAAAGCUGAAGCAGGACGUCCCUGACAGCAAAGUGAUCCCUACUGUUACCGGCGGAAGUACAGAGACCGAUGAGGACAUCAAAGAAGCCUUCAAUCGUCUCCGAUUCAGCGAUUGGUGAAGGGACCAACUGUAGACCAAAUGUAGAGUGUAUCCUCAGUGUUGAAACCAUUUUGGCACAGCUGACUCUAUGGUGGCAUAAAAAACAAAGUGUGUACACUGGCUAUGACUUUCAACCUGCUGACAACCAAAAAAUCCGUUCGUGUUUAGAGACUUGGGUUGACUUGAUUUGACAGAGCUCUUCCAUUAAUCUCCAUUGGUUAAACUAGGCAUUAUCUGUUUUCAGACUUGAUAGCAUUCAUACUAUCAUAAGUUUGAUCAUACUUAGUGUCCAAAGAAUCGCUGGUCACCGACAAUCGCACAGCAUGCCUGCUCCUCUCCUGCUGAUAACUCCAUCCGGAGGUCCUGCCAUGCAGUACUGUUCCUAGCACGUUCAUGCAUCAAUGCAAUGCUCUUUAUUUUAAAUUGCAGAGGCUGGAUUAUUAUUUGAAUCUAUGCAACUUUGCCGGACUGGGCUUUAAAAGCAGCAGAUGCAUGCCACAACAGGUGGUAGUUCAAAGUGUAUUUUACUUUAUAGCACCCUGAAAGGCACAAUCAUAGGGCUUUUCUUUCCGUACCUUUCCUGAAACUUGAAAUAUGACAGAAACCCCACAAACCUUACGCUACGUAGUUACAUUUUUAGUUACGUUGUCUGUUCGCAAAAGUAAAUUGUAGUCAAUGAUGCUGUCGAUAAAGAUGUGUGUCCUAAUUUUUUCAAUCCAAGAUGCUGUAACUAGGUAUGCUCUUUAAUGCACACUUACUUAACCUUUGGGCCACUUAAUGCUGAGGUUUUCCAGUAUAUUGAGUUACUGCUGUGGGUUUAUGGUUUCUCAUAAAGCUGCCUUUUUCUCUGUGAUUUGUUUUAGUUAAAUAAGUUCAAAUGAGGUUCCUGUUUUUGCUGUACGUUAUAGUUUUUAACCUGUGGGCCUUCGUCAGAGCUGACUUUACUUGAUGUAUUUUAAUUUGAGCUAUAUUAAAAGAUUUUAAAUACCUGC